AGAGGAGGAAAAUAAAAAAUGAAACAUUUCUAUCUGUUUUCCAUUAUUCUGGCUAUCGUUUUGGUGACAAGCUACAUUGAUGCCUUCACCAGAACCGAUUUUCCAGAGGAUUUCCUCUUCGGAGCCGCUACUUCUGCUUAUCAGUGGGAAGGUGCUGUUGAUGAAGACGGAAGAACUCCUAGCGUCUGGGAUACAAGCUCCCACUGUCGUAAGCUUUUUUUUUGUUUAAAUUUUGAGUCAUUAUUCGGCGUUUGUAUGAGAAAAUUUUUUACUUCAAAAAUUGCAGAUAAUGGAAGUAAUGGAGAUAUAGCAUGUGAUGGGUAUCACAAAUACAAGGAAGAUGUUAAGCUGAUGGCUAAUAUGGGCUUAGAAGCAUUCAGAUUCUCCAUCUCUUGGACAAGACUUAUACCUAAUGGAAGAGGACCCAUUAACCCAAAAGGUCUAUUGUUUUACAAGAACCUCAUUAAAGAACUACGAAGCCAUGGAAUCGAACCUCACGUUACACUUUAUCACUACGAUCUUCCUCAGUCUCUUGAAGAUGAGUAUGGAGGAUGGAUCAACCGCAAAAUAAUAGAAGACUUCACUGGUUUUGCAGAUGUAUGCUUCAGAGAGUUUGGGGACGAUGUGAAGUUAUGGACUACAAUCAACGAAGCUACAAUAUUCGCCUUUGCUUUUUAUGGCGAAGGAAUAAAGUUUGGACAUUGUUCUCCUACCAAAUACAUCAAUUGCUCUACCGGAAAUUCUUGUAUGGAAACAUAUAUUGCAGGCCAUAACAUGUUGCUAGCUCAUGCCUCUGCCUCAAGUUUGUAUAAAUUAAAGUACAAGAGUAAGCAAAGAGGAUCCAUAGGCCUUAGUAUAUUUGCAUUGGGGUUAUCUCCUUAUACAAACUCCAAGGACGAUGAAAUCGCAACUGAAAGAGCUAAAGCUUUCCUCUUUGGCUGGAUGUUGAAGCCUUUGGUAUAUGGGGACUAUCCGGAUGAAAUGAAAAGAAUCUUGGGAUCGAGAUUACCGGUUUUCUCAGAGGAAGAGUCGGAGCAAGUGAAAGGGUCAUCUGACUUUGUAGGAAUUAUUCACUACACGACAGUCUAUGUCACAAACCGACCCGCACCUUAUAUAUUUCCCAGUAGCACUAACAAAGGCUUCUUUACAGACAUGGGCGCGUAUAUUAUUUCCGCUGGGAAUUCUUCAUCAUUCGAGUUUGAUGCCACUCCAUGGGGUCUGGAAGGUAUUCUUGAGCAUCUAAAGCAAAGCUAUAACAAUCCUCCAAUCUACAUUCUUGAAAAUGGUACACCGAUGAAACACGAUUCGAUGCUACAAGACACACCAAGAGUUGAAUACAUUCAAGCUUACAUUGGUGCAAUGCUCAACGCCAUCAAGAAUGGAUCGGACAUGAGAGGUUACUUCGUAUGGUCGCUGAUAGAUUUGUAUGAGAUAACGGUUGGUUAUACAACCAGCUUUGGAAUGUACUAUGUGAAUUUCAGCGAUCCUGGUCGCAAGAGGUCGCCGAAACUCUCUGCUUUUUGGUACUCAGGUUUUCUCAAAGGUACAAUUGAUGUUGCUAAAGAUAUUACUCAGCUUCAGAGCAACUUCUCUGCAGGCUCGUCUUCACUGUAAUGUUUUUAAAAUAAAGGAUCCUGGUUUGGUUUGAUAUCAUCUAUUCUAUGAUAAAAUAAAACCUCAGGGAUUUGCAUAUGAA